AUGAAGAAUCUCUUGUCUAUCGCUUUCUUUCUCGCUGCCGCCACACGGGCUGUGCCCGUCGACAUUGACCGGCGAGAGUGCGCUGCUGCAGCUCCGGAUACUCAUACCAAUAACCAUGCUGGAACGGUGCCGGAGAAGAAGAAGCAUGUUGUUUAUAUCACUGUGGUUGUCUCUGCGCCCGCAGCUAGUGGAGGUAGCUCGAGUGGUGGAAGUGGUGGCUCUGGCAGCGGUGGCAGUACUACUGAUGAGAGCGCUACUUCUGGCUCUGGAGGCAGUGGCGGCUCUGGUACAGGUAGUGAUACUGCUGGCAGCGAUACUGCCGGGAGCGAUACUGUUGGGAGCGAUACCAUUGGCAGUGAUACCAUUGGCAGUGAUACUACUGGCACAGGGAGCAGUGGGUCAGGUACUGGGGCCAAUUCUACAAGCACCACUCAAACAUCAGCCACCCAGGCGAAUUCCACGAAUUCCAAUACCACAAAUUCCUCUGCAGGCACCGGGACUCAAGGAGUGGUCUCGACCAACAAGGGCAACGUCGCGGGAUUCCCUCUUGAUGGUCACCACCUGUCAGCCCCUACUGCCGAUGUCGUGGCCCCUACCGACAAUAUUACCUACACACCAGAUAAGACAAUUUCUGGCAAAGCAUUUUCAACAUGGAUGAGCGGAUACGCAAAAUCCAGCAACGUGCCCGCAUCCAAAUAUAUAGUCAUCACCCCUGGACUCUACAACAUCGACUGCCAAGAUGAGAUCGUCUUCUCCUUCAUGGACGGUCUCAACGAAGGCUGGACCGUCGAUUUUCGCGACGUCACCUUCCUCGCUAACGACAAAUGCGAAGCCAUUUACAUCAACCAAUGCGAGGAUUUCACCCUUUACGGCGGUACAAUCUGGUUCGACGUUGGAGGCGAGAUCUGGACGCAAUCUAAGGUUACCGCUAUUGAUGACGUUGAUGAUAACCACGCUACUAUCACUGCCGUCGUCGAGGAAGGCUAUAACACAUCCACCUGGCGCGAAGUCGGGCCGCGCAAUCUGAAUGUUAUCGAUGCCUCCAACCCCCAGCAUUUCGCUCGGAAUAUUCCCGACAUCAAUUUUCAAUUCACUGGGGAAUACAAUUUCGACCAGCUGGACAGCAAGCGCACGUGGACGAUGAAGGUAGAGACGAACAAUGUGAAAUUGAAAGUCGGCUACACUCUCACCCUACAGACAGGCCUAGGCGAAGGCGGAACCAUCAAUUCCGAGAACAAUGGCAACUUGCACGUCAAGGGCCUCACCACCAACGGCGGCUUCGGGCAAAUUGGGCUCAACAACAAGAAGACAGCUACGAUUGAGAACAUGUAUACGGUCAAUUUGCCUGCGAGGCCUGGGUUUGCCCCACGCGUCGAAGGCCCAACAAUAUCCUGGGGCCAUAUCAAGGGGUUCAACUACGACACCCCUGGCCAAGAUCCAGUCAAUUAUGUGGGGAGCAAGUGGAUGACUACGGGGUGUGAGAACGACUUGCAGGACACUAAUGAUCAAGAACUGCAUGAUGGUGGUACCUGUAUUGCCUACCCUUCCCUCACAACUACAACUUCUCUUUACUCAAAACCUACAAACCCUCCCCUCCACCCUCUCAAGAUCCAGUACUUUCUCCAUCCCAAAAUCCCUCACUUCCUUCUCAAAACCCAAACCCGAACCCUACGCCUCGACAAAGAAGCAGAAGCAGAAACAGAAACAAAAGAAGAAGAGAAUAUGUACAUCACACCCAGCACCCGCAACACCCUCACCUUCCUCUCCAUCCUCCACCUCACGACCGCCCUUCCUCUCCCCGUUCCAUUGACGACCGCUCUGAUCCUCCACCACACCAGAGACGUCUCUGAUCAUGGGCCCCUGCCCUCCACCCCUUCCACCCCUUCCAUGCCCUCCAUGCCCUCCAACCCUUCCAACCCCUCCACCCGCUCUGUUACCAUCCAGAAGAAGAGCAUACCGGAAACGCAGGACCAGAUCAUCGCCCACGGCAUCGUAUCCGAACACAACAUCCUAGCGCGCCAGGCCGAUGAUGAGAGGGCGGAGAUGCCGGGUGAGUACGCACUUAGCUCUCCCCAGGGUGGUAGUGGGGCUGGGGGCAGGGGAGGAGGGGGGAGGAGGGGGGGGAGAGGUGGCGGAAUGUGCAUGCUUGGCUGGCGAAGCCUGCGCCUGAUGUGGGGGGAGGGGGGUAGGAGGGAUGUUGGUACGGGGGGGAGCAGGAAGGAGUUGGGAGGAGGAGGAGGAGGAGGAGGAGGAGGAGGAGGAGGGGAAUGUGGCUGUAUGGAGGGCAGGGCGUAA